AUGGAAGUAGAUGAAGAUUUGGAAACAUUUCAACAACAAGCAUUGGAAAUACGGCAACCUGGAGAAAAUUUCGAUCCCACAGCACCGCCACAAAAUGGCGAGGAAUUUCUAAUGCAUAUGCUGUACGAACGCAAACGAUGUCCAGCGGUGGUGGUUAAACCGCCCAAAAAGGUGAAACCGGUAAAUGGUGUCAAAAACCAAUUGGAAGAUUUUGAGUUAAGCCCUGACAUUGUUGUGGAUCGUGAUUUGCUGCCCACCCGAGAAUGGAAAGAUGCCCAGUCACAAGGUUUCCUGCGCACACGUUCAAAAAUCCUCAUGUUACGCCAGCAUUUAGCCUCGCACAACUACGACAAUAACCUGGAACCACCUUUGAUCAGUGAUGAAGAUGCCUGGCUAAAAUUCUGUCGUGAAAAUCAACCCACACUUAGUGUAAUCUUACGUCUGAAACAGCGUACCCUGGAACAAUUGUUGACAAUGAUCUCAGAAUGGCUUAAAGGAGAACACAUGGAGGAGGUUGCUUGUUCAUCCAGUUCGGCAGCUGCCAACGACUGUAUUUUAGAUUUAAGCAACAGUGAACAAUGGUUGGGUUGUUGGCUUUAUGCGGUGCUAAGUUGCCUUCAUCUGCCUCUGGAACCAAAUGUCCACUUUACAUUAAGAGAUAUUGCACGUACCGCUAUGCGUUUACGUAGUCGCCUCAAAUCUCAUGAAUUUCAAAAGGCCAUUCCAUAUAAUUUGUUCAUAUAUCUCAUUGCGAAACUUUUUGAUCAAUUAGAUUUGAUGGAAUUUGUAUAA